AUGCUGUCGAGCCUGACGACCAAGAUCGCCCUCAAGAAGGUCGGGCUGAACAGCAAGAGCUUCGACUUCGGCGGGGGCUCUUCAGACACCAAGAGCAAGAGCGGCCCGGGCAAUGACGACGCUGUGAACGACCGACAGGGCAACUGGCCGGCGUGGAUGUCGAUGAAAUCUCUCCCCAUCACCGUGGCGCCAUGGUUGACCCCGCCGCCGCCGCCGGUGCCUGUCGCCGAGGUCCCGAAGAUCGGCGACCUGGCCCCAUUGGACCGCGACAGGAAACUCGAGUUCGGACGGGGCCGGCCCGUCCUCGUCGUCUUCCUCCGCUGCGUUGGCUGUGCCUUCGCCCAAAAGACCUUUCUUGCACUGCGGGCGCUGGCGAACAAGCACGCCAACACGCUCACAUGCAUCGCCGUUUCGCACUCGUCGUCCGCCGCCACGCAGAAGUGGAUCGACAUGCUGGGCGGCGCGUGGAACGUCCAGGUCGUCAUCGACGAGGACCGCGCCAUCUACGCCGCCUGGGGCCUAGGGCUAGGGUCGGUAUGGUACGUUUUCAACCCGACGAGCCAGGUGCAGGGGUGGAAGGAGAAGGGAUGGCUCGGAGAGAAGGUCGCGGGCGCGAUCCAACGGACCGGGACGGGAGCCGCGUCGCCAAGUCCUGCGCCUGUCCAGAGACGGGGGACAGGGAGCACCAACCAGAAGGGCGGCGUCACACCGGCGGGCGGCGCAGCGGCAGGGGACGAGAUCGAGGGACCUAGCACGGUAAUGGGGAACAAGUGGCAGACGGCGGGCGCAUUCGCGGUCGAUGGGAGGGGAACGGUCGUUUGGGGCGGCAAGGCGUUACGGGCUGACGAUCCGAUGGACUUGGAGAUCGGAGCCCAGAUCUUGGGCUUGUAG